UACUUCCCUCCAGCUGCUGGCCAAUGAGCGCCGUGCCUCCUCCUCCUCCACCUCCUCCUCUCCCCGCGUGCGUUCGGUAAACGCGCGCGGAGGCGGGGAGGCGGGGAGAGGUGGAGGUGGGGGGGGGGGAGUGUAACAGUGCCGGGAGAGAGCGAGCGCGCGCGGCGUGUCGGAGUGCGUUUCCACGUGCGCUGCGCGGAUGCUGAAUCGUGGCUGUGCGAACAACAGCAGCAGCAGCAGCAGCAGCUUUAAGGCUUUAGGUAUCAGGCAUGUCCAAUCCGGCUCACGACCCGUUCUACGCCUCUCCGUUCGGGCCCUUCUACCGGAGACACGCGCCGUACGCCGUGCAGCCCGAGUACCGGAUCUAUGAGCUGAACAAGCGGCUGCAGGCCCGGACUGAGGAGAGCGACAAUCUGUGGUGGGAUGCGUUCGCUACCGAGUUCUUUGAGGAGGACGCCACGCUGACCCUCUCCUUCUGCCUCGAGGAUGGACCAAAGAGAUACACAAUCGGCCGGACCCUGAUCCCCCGCUACUUCAGCACGGUGUUUGAAGGAGGAGUGACAGACCUCUACUACAUCCUCAAACACUCCAAAGAGUCGUUCCACAACUCCUGCAUCACUGUCGACUGCGACCAGUGCACCAUGGUCACGCAGCACGGCAAGCCCAUGUUCACCAAGGUGUGUACAGAGGGACGUCUGAUCCUGGAGUUUGCCUUCGAUGACCUGAUGCGGAUUAAGACGUGGCACUUCACCAUCAGGCAGUACCGCGAGCUCAUCCCACGCAGCGUCCUCGCCAUGCACGCUCAAGACCCUCAGGUUCUGGAGCAGCUCUCCAAAAACAUCACCCGAAUGGGUUUGACUAACUUCACGCUCAACUACCUCAGGCUGUGUGUGAUCCUAGAACCCAUGCAGGAGCUCAUGUCCAGACACAAGACGUACAGCCUCAGCCCCAGAGACUGUCUGAAGACGUGCCUGUUUCAGAAAUGGCAGCGCAUGGUGGCACCUCCAGCAGGACAUCCACAGAACUUCAAAACGGAAAUCUUCCCCACAAAUCACAAGAAAGAGCCUACUCGACAGACCACAACAAAGAGGAGGAAGAGGAAGAACUCAGCCAGCAGUGCAUCUAACAGCAGCCACGGCAACAGCACGGGCGGCAAGAAACGCAGUCCGGCCAACAGCUUCAGCCUGAGCAGCCAGGUACCUGACGUGAUGGUAGUCGGAGAGCCCACUCUGAUGGGCGGCGAGUUCGGCGACGAGGACGAGCGGCUGAUCACGCGGCUGGAGAACACGCAGUACGACGCCACCAACGGCCUCGACGACGACGACGACUUCACCAGCUCGCCAGCGCUCAACAACAGCAGCCCCUGGGCUAAAGCGCCGCCUCCGGGCCAGGACAGCAAAACCGAGAGCACGGCCUCGCAGGCCUCGCAGUAACCAGACACAGUUCUAUCUUUCUGUCGCACUCCCUCUGUCUUUCUCUCUCUGACUUUACUUUCAACCCAGAUGCUCUAAUUCCCAUCUCAUGGCGUCCGUGGGGUCCAUUUUUCACCACGGACUUCAAUGUGUCCAGUGAUACACAGCACCGAGAAGCUGAACGGGCCUGACGAGGGAAAUUUUCCACAAAGAAAAAAAAAAGAUGAAGAAGAAGAUUGACACGUGAGAUGUUCAGCUGAUAAACUAUAGGUGGUCAACGAGGUAGCAAUACAUGUCCAUGGCGACUCCUGUCUGGACGACAAUUAAUCAGUGAAGAGAUAACUGCAGCUGGAUGGUCCAUCACUGGAGAGCCCCUGAGAUCUGAUGCGCAUUUGCAUUUGCAUAUACUUCACAUUUCUUUUUUCAAUUUUGAGCGUUUUUUUCCCCAACACAACAAACUGGCUAAGUCCUAAAUCCCAUCCUUUUACAUGCUAGUAUGCGGCUUAGGACAUAUCCACUGCUUCUGAUGAAGACAGACAUUGCUGAGGGAAGGACAAGUUUCUCUAGCUGUAUAAUUUACCCCAAAGCUAUUUUGUUUUCUGGGUCUAAAUGUGUUAUUUUUAAGGAUUUGUGAAUAUGCCGUGAUCUCCUUGUACAAUCUUUGAUUGAAGGCACAUACUACAAACAUAUUCCCUCUGUAUCCCUUUAAUAAACCUCUUACCAGACUGGACUGUAACUUGUUGCUGCAUGAUAUUUUGAAAUCUGUAAACUGUUUUUGUUUAUUCCUCGGUCUGAAGCCAUGUUGUGUUCAGUUUAUCGGUUUAGAACCACCUACAGGGUCGUUCCUCUGUACAUAUGGAUGCAGUCCGCUCUGGUGCAGCCCAUCGAAGACCACUGAUCCUCAUCCAUGAUGGCAGCUCUUUUAAUUGACCUUCAGUUGACACUGUUUUUUCUCACUAAUGUGCACCUGAACGAGAAAAGUAAGAAUUGCUCAUCGGAGAUUAGCUAACACACGAACAGGUCGUGGAUAUACGUAUGCUCACGGGGUAUUUUAAUAGUAACGCCUCUACACCUGCUCAUUCAUGCAGUUAUCCAAUAGGCAGACCGGUUCGAGCCGACAGGAAGGUUACGGUAGCUCAAAUAACCACUCUUUAUAACCGUGUUGAGCAGAAAAGCAUCCCAAAACAUCGCCUGGUCUUUUUCCAGUCUUUAACUGUUAGACUGUUUAGACUCAGAUUCCUGGAGAUGACAGGAGUGGAACCACAUGUGGUCUUUUGUUGUUGUAGCCCAUCCGUCUCGAGGUUCGACGUGUCGUGCUUUCUGACGUGCUUUUCUGCUCACCACGGUUGUAAAGAGUGGUUAUUUGAGUUACCUUAGCCUUCCUGUCAGCUCAAACCAGUCUGGCCAUGUCAAAUGCCUCAUGAACAAGACAUUUAAACCUGCAGAACUGGACAGGAAUAAUUGUGUUACUGUUAAAUGUUAUUGAAAUGAAUAUACAGUGACAUGACCUUCAACGUUGAUGAUGAUGAUGAUGAUGAUGAUGAUGAUUGGCCCAACCAAAACAUCCAUUUUUGGUCUGUUCAUUUGUGUUUUAAUAGUUUUUACGACUGCUUAUGUUUUUUUUUUCCCAAAGAUCCCAAUGUAUUUCCAGUUCCAACACAAUGGAGUUCUUCUACUCUGAUCUUAUAUUAUUAGAACUCUGCACUGUUUGUAUAAUAUUUAGCAGAGGUGUUUUCGUGUCAUAUCCAAAGUCUUGUAUGUAUGCUUUGCGAUUUUGUGUGCCAAUAAAAUGUGCUUAGGCCUA